GCGAGGGGGUGCCUCUCAUGAAAGCAGUGCAUCUGAUCGCACAACACCGGAAUUAUUUUUCCUUGGCACACAGUUCUAUGCUUCCUGGGGAACAGCUGUUGUGUGUGUAACAGUUGAUUAGACUCGUCGUAAACCGGAGUUAUAGAUUGGGAGACCGGUGCUGUCACUCACCAUGGAACCUGCCUGUCGCAAAGACAAGCCGAAGCUUAACUCGACUCCAACCCGCGGCGACAGAGCUAGGCAAAAAUCCGCUCAGCAAGAGCUGAAACAGAGACAGAGAGCAGAGAUCUACGCUUUGAAUAAGAUGAUGACAGAGUUGGAGCAGCAGCAGUUUGAGGCCUUUUGCAAGCAGAUGCAGCCACAGGGAGAGUGAAAAAGACUGUAAAGUAACCCACUGGAACACGCAUCACGCCAUGCCCUCUUAUCCUCCACUAGAAACACACAGCCCGCAAAAAAACAUUCAUACCCCUGUGGUAUGUGAAGGAGGUGGUAGAUGGGCUCUUCUGAGAGCCCAGCCACCACCAUGCUGAUGUGCGAUUUGUCCUGUUGCCUUAGUUGUUCCCACUUAUUGUUAAACUAGACAAUCAAGGCAUUUUGCAUUCUGAAUGGAGAGGGUUUGUUUAUGAUGGUAAAGUAAGCCUUAGACAGAGUGGUAUGUUAUGCAAAGCACAGUAUCUCUGUGUUCCUGUGUAUCUGUGUUUCUCUAUGAGAGUGUGAGACAUGAACCUGUUAUGCCAUUAUUUGUAAAGGCCCCCAUCUCCAAAGACAAAUCAUGCCACUGACACAUUUCUUUGCACUGUGUAAUUUUGUUCUUGGUCUCUCCAUUCAAGGUCAGUGUUUGUAGGUGAUACUUGGCUUUUUCCCAUCCCCACUACACCACUGUCUGUGUGUUCAUGGUGCUAACGAAGGACUGUUAUUGUUUGCGUAAUACUUUGGUGUCGGGUGUGUAGAUCAAGCAUAAUACUUUGCUACUGUAGUGACAUAGGAAUGCUAAGAAACAUGUCUCACUACCAACUUACCAAGCUGCUGUUACUGGGAUUUCUGAUAGCUCCCUGGUCUUACAUGUUGUCAUUCCAUUUCCCCCUGAAAUAUGUAAAUGUGUGAUUUUUAUAAAACAUUUUGUUAUAUUAA